GGACACUUCAGCACCUCAGCACUCAUUAGCAUCCCAUAUAUAGGUUCCAUCCAACUGGGACAGCUGGCUAGAGCAGCGUACCAGGAACAUAUUCUUCCUCGUCGCUGCAACAACGCUGAUUCGGGCAAUAAGUUGCGAUUGCGGUCCUAGGCCAAGCGGACUCAGAAGUGCAACUGCUCGAGGUUGGUUGAGCGGGGAAGGCACAGCCCGCCGACUAUCGCUCCAACCCCGAGGUCCACAUUCGAUCCUGGCUCGAUAUGGCGCCUAACCCUUUCAAAUGGCGCUCUGGCGCAUCACGCUCCAGCUCGAGCGGCAGCAGCAGCCAGCACCAUGCCGGGCGGGGCAACACUGACCAGCUUCAGAGUGGAUGGGGUUCGUCCGACCAAGGGUUAAUAUUCGCUUCGGGGACCACCAACGCGAGCUUUAUGGCGAAUGGAGAAGGGCCGAGCUCCUCUGGCAGCAAGGGAUCUGGAAGAGCGAAUGACAGCGGUAAUCAAAACGGCGUGGCUGCGGCUGGACGCUGGCCUGCAACGGAUGGCUCGACCGGGAAUGGUAAAGGCGGAGGGUGGGGAUCGGGCCUUGGUCAGGAUGCCAGCCCUGCUGAGGGAUUGAGUGCACCUGAAUUGCCACCCGCUGCCCGAACAUCGCUCAUUAUGCCCCAUCUCAAAAAGCGAUUCACGCUGCUGCGUGCUCCAGACGGAACAAUGGUCACCGCCGAUGCGAUGCGCGCACAUCUUCGUGCACAACGAGCACGCGCACGUGCCAUACCAGGUGCCGUCGGAAGUUCAUCUGAGGUAUCUUUCGGCGCAGAUACACCCGGCGCCGGAGGAUCUGGUAGCGCAGGCACCAGUGCGAGCUACUUUUUAACCGAAGAAGAGGAAAAUGAGAUCAUCGACGAACUCGAGCGUCAGACGAGGCUCGAAGCAAGCGCAGGGCCGGGUGGCGUUCAUGGAAUCAUGCUCAAUGGCGGCUUUGGUGCUGGAACGGAUGGAUUUGGUGGGUGGGGUACGCUAGACAGCACUUCCCCAGGCAGGAAACACGUUCCCUUUGGCACAGGAAGCAAAGCAGGAUCGAGUUCGGCUACAGCGGGGCUAGACAAGAUCUCAGAGGCUCUGGCUCAGCUGAACACAAAUUCAGCAUCGGCCUUCCCGGAUGGCAGCAGCGGCGCAGACGCGUAUCCCUCGCCUCCGUCCGCGGACACAGCGUUGUUAGGCUCGCCCGUCACACCCAAGAGCGCCAAAGCGACGCUCUGGGCGUCAAGCGGCGGAGGCAGCGAGCGAGAGGCAGCAUACAUGCGCAAAGUGGCAAAAGAACGUGCAACGCGCAAGAAUGAAGGAGCGGGUAACAGUAGGGUCAGUGGAACUAGCCAGUCGACGAGCAGCUUGAGCGCCACAGGAGGACAUGGUGUCUCUCAGCACCGCGGCAGCCGCACGGAGAGUAGCACCACCGCUUCUGCCGCCAACAUCGAAGGCGUGGAGGACGUGCCGAUGCCAGGUGCAUUCUCUUCCCCUUCUGUUUCAGCACCAUCGGCUCUUUCAGAACCUCAUAUCAACGUCGAGGCUCCUCAUGACGCGAGCGGGGCGGAGGAAGAAUCACAUGCGAACGCCGGCAUGCUGCCUGGUGACAGCCUGCGAGCGGGGCAGGACCCGCUGGGCCGCAGCCACGCGUCCGGAAGUGGUACCCUGCUUGCCAACCUCUCGCCCGAAGCGUUCAAGCGCGUCAGCACGGCGCUUGAGGAGGUCUUCGGCAUGGUAGCGGCGGACGCGGAGCGGAACGCAUCCAUCGUGGAAUUGGUGGAGGAGGAUAGUAAUCAUGGCGGCCAAAGCGAGCAAACACCGCAGUUGGCCCUGCAAAUAACUCCCUUCGCUCAAUCAGAGGAGGCGACGGAAGCGAUCGCAGGUUGCACGCCUAUUUCCAGUACCAACUCAGCGGGAGCAUCUGGCGGUUCAAGCACGUUCACCUUUCCUCCGAAGUCAAAUAGGCCAUCUUUGUCCCGCCAACCUCGAGAGGAUGGUGUUGACGAGCAUGUCAUGGAAGAGAUGAGCCGUUCCAGCAACAGCCACUUACAAGCAAGGGCAUCACACCAACUUACGGAGUCCAGGUCCGUACGCUCAGGCAGAUCUACUCGUCACUCGACGGACAGCGUUGGGACCUUUGCUUCGGCGACUUCUGAUGCUCCUGCAUCGAUUUUAGGUAGUGCGACCGGCCUUGGCUUUUCUAUCGAGCCGCCUGCUCAGGCUCAGUCUCUCGACAUAUGUCAGCCCUCGUCGGACAGCUCGCCCACGGCUGUGCUCCAUGGUAAGUUAGACCCUGCUGCCAUCAGCACUCCAACCAGUGCAGGAGGGCACAUGGCGCACUCGGGGAACACUUCCGUCGGCUCCGUUGGCACCGGAAGUGCUGGAUUCGGCCAUGGCAGAAGGCAGUCUGGUCAAGGUCUCGUGUCCAUUGACCCUGCGAAUGGAAAGAUGCAGCUUGGGCUCGCCAGUCCGACCAGCAACACAUUCCCUGCUUUUACCAACAGCGGUAAUGGCCCGACUAGUAUCCGUGCGUCGGCAAUUACUCUUGGAGCCCCUGUCAGUCUGCCAUUGAGCGGGGAGGGCGUAGCGCCUCCGACGUUAUCUUCCGUUGCGACACACUCCACUAUCAUCAGCACGCCUGCGACUGACCGAUCGGGCUUCAUGCAGGACCCUGAUCGCUCCUCUUCUGAAUACGUCUCACGCGAGACAUCGCAGUCGCCUCGCGCAGCAUCUAUGAAUGAGGAGACCCAUGCUUCAAAUGGAGGAGAGACCCCCAUGAGCGUUCACGCGGAGCAAGUGGUUCCUGUGUCUGGCGGGCUUAGACUAGACACAUCGUCCGCCGGCAACGCGGCAGCACACACGCCAACUCAACAGACCGUGACGAUCACAGAGCAUGCUAGGAGUGGAAGCGCAGCAGAAUUUAACAGUGUGAUCACGGCGAGCGCCAUUGCAGCUCGUUCGGCGAGCUACUUUCCAUCGCCUCCCGCCUUUGCUUCCAAAGAAGCUUACGCUGACGGCUUUCUACCGCCAUCACGCGUGCUGACGAGUCCUACGUCCCCGCCCCAAGGUUUGGCCAAUGCAAAUGUACUACCGCUGGCACAGCCCAAAUCUCCUCUGGCACUGGCGCUGCAAACGAGCACUUUGCAUAAAAUCGACGGACAGCAGUUCGCUUCGCCCAUAAGCGCAGAGGAACCGGGCUCAGGCGGGCUCUUCCCGCUGAGGCCGCAGGAUCCAGAACUUGCUCAGCGCUGGCGCGAGACCUAUGGUAUCAAGGCCGCGGACGCAGCAAGCAUGAUUAGCGCGGAUGAAGAGAUCGUAGCAGUCUCUGAUGACGAAGCGUACGGCGCGGACGACGAUGAUGUUUGGGCAAAAGUCGCGAGACAUGAGAAAAAGGAGGCGGAGGCAGCGGCGAAGGAAAGGCCAGUCUCUCACAUCCCCACUGAAGCAACACAACAGGAACUGGAAGGGGCAGGCCUUACCUACAAUGAUGUGGUCAAUUAUCAGAACGAUCUUGUCAGGUCAGCAAGCACCAAACGUUCAGGCGCUAAGUCGCCGCCACCGCCGCUUCCUGCCACGCCCGUGCUUGGUGAUGCAGUAGAUCAAAAUCCGGUACCUGCGCUGCCUUCCAGUCAGCCAGUCGCCGCGCCUGGCCUUGCAUCUCCAUUCGCUGGGGUGGACGCUCCUGCGUUUGCAACGGAAGAAGGGCGCGGAGUGCGACCUCCUUCCACGCAACACUCGGAGAGAACCAUGCUCAUUGACAGCAUGUCCGAGUUUUCCACUCCUUCAGGCCAGCCCGCGGCCUUGACAAACUUCCCCAAUCAAUCGACACCGCCACAGGAUCCGGGAGCGUCGCCCGCGAUAGAUGCAUCCCACGCUGGGCUGAAGCGUCGCAUCUCUAGCCGCAGUGGUGUCAUGUAUGACGUGACUUCCAGUCAUCGCCCUUCAUCUCCACCUCCUCGGUCGAUGUCCCCCAUAGGACUCCCUACAAUCCGCGACCUUUCCGAGAACGGGUUUAAGCCAAUUCCGCCUGUCGUGGAUCCACAUCGUCAAUCAAUGUCGCUGUCCCAGGCUCUUGAAGCUGCAAUGCUCUCCUCGCCCUCAGCGAUGCACCAGUCCCUGCAGAGUGCGCUAGGUAUCGAUGAAGAGGCGUCUGAGAGCAUCAACGAGCCAGCAAACACCAGUGGCUAUAUGACGUCGCCAUCAAAAUCGGCCACUAAUCUCACGCACAGUCGCUCCUACGAUGCGCUAACGCGUGCCCUUUCGCCUGCGUCAGACGAUACCCCUGCAUCUGAUCCUGGGCACCUCAACUCUCCACGAAGCCCUCCGCCUGUAGAUAUGGAGGAUGAUAUUGCCGCUCAGGCCCGCGCGGCUACGCAUGCUCUGAAGGGCCCGGACCACGGGGUUUACAUCCCGCCCCGACGUAGCCGACUGCUCUCUCGAAGCAAAUCUACGAAGAAGCUCAAUAACGCAAUUUCUGGUCCACAGCUUAUCUCCACGACUCAACGCCUCGAUCACGCCACGAGCAUUCCUGCAGGUGACCCAAAGCUAUCGGUCCGCUCGUCUUCUCAAGAAGAAAAGCAGCGGGUUCAAACCCAACAGGCCAUUUCAACCCUUUCGUCAGGUACCAACUACGGCGGGAGCAGCAAGAAGGAGAAUGGUCACACGCGUCGCUCGAGCUCUUUUGGUCAUCAAGCUGCAUCGAAUAUGUCUCUUGAGCGUGACAAUCCUUUUUCAACCCCAACCUCCAUGGGUCCAGACCCUUCUCGGCUUAUGUGGAGCGCACCUACCCCAACAUCAUUGGGUGACGCGCCUUCUCGUCAAAGCAGCCUAGGCCGAUGGAUGUCAAAGCUUAGUGCCAGAAGCCGAAAGAUAUCGGAGUCCAACUUAGCUUUCAAGAUCGAUCCAUUCCCUGCGUCUGACACGCCCCCGAUGCCAUCUGAUCGAAGCAAGCCAGUAGUCACACCCAUCACAAGCCUUGCCGAGGCGUUCCCCUCGAGUGCUCCACAGGGCGGUAUUACCAUGGCUAUUCCAGGAACGACAGCACUGCGUGGCGAGAGCCUUGCUUCUGCUUCUCCUGCGUCCGUUCCGACAACGCCUCAACUUGCGAUCGCAACCUGUACCGACGCCUCCAGGUUGUCACCGCCCCGGUCGAGCAGUUUGCACGGAAACCAACAGGGCCAGGCGCUACAUCCCUUGUCCGAUCAUCAGGAGACGUUGCCUGUGCCACCCCUGCCAACGACAGGCAAAGGUAGAGCUUUGUCCACAGCAUCACAGACCAUGGAACCCUCUUCAGCGACCGGCGAGUCUCUUAUGGAUGACGUUAGCUUUGAUUAUGAUGCGGCUGCUGCCGCACGCUGGCACUCAGAAGCAGCUUUGAGCGUUGGUAGCUCUCUGCCAACAUCGAAUGUUGAUUUGUCGCACAGCAAGCGCAAGUCUGCGAGAGAUACAAUCGUUCGAAGGACCCUCAUUAUUCCCUCAGCCCCCAUGGAAUUGUUGGAUGACAAGCGCAAGUCUGCGAUGUCACUGAGCGCCGGAACGCGUAAAUCUAGAAAGGCGGAGAACUUUGUUUCUCCCGCAGCAACCACCAAGAGUGCAUCGCCGACGCCGUACGAGCGUGACCAACAUCAGCCUUACACUUUGUUGACUGGCAAAAAGUCACUGCAGGAUAGACCGCCAACCCCGCCUGGGCCUGCGGGCGUGGGAGGUGCUCAUCGGCGCAAGCCUUCGGCAGAUAUCCCGGCCGAGUCACCCAUGCCUUCCGUCCCACCAUUUGUAUCUGCAAUGGGCUUUAGUGUUCCUAAGAAGAGCAUGGACAGCUUGCGGCCAUUCGACCUGCUGAAAUCAAGCAAAGCGGGGAGGCGUGUCAGCGCUGCAACCAGCGCCGGCGCCCACAGCGGCUACGCUGGCAGCUUGUAUGACAUGUAUCUCGAUGAUGAUGAUGAAGAUCGAUUCAGUGCCACGUCGCAAGAAGUGCCUCCGAUUCCUGCAGAAUAUCAGUCUCGCAGCCCCAUACGUGACAUUUCGCGAAGUCACAUUGAGGUCACCCAGCGCGCUGAUGGUAGCGUUGUCUGGCAAGUCAUCGCUGGCCUUGCUGACAGGAGCAGCACGUACAGUGACGGCCUUCCGGGCACGCACAGCCGCUCCAGCAUUGCGUCGCCAAUGCGCGACUCGUUUAUCCAAGAUCCCGGGGAACUGCUAUCCCAUGCUCAACGUGAGGAUACAAGAAAUUUCCUCGCAACCCAUCGGCAGCACAAGAAGCUUCCGUCGCUGGAUGCCGACAACCUGGCACUACCAGUCUCGCAGGAUCGAUCACUACCAAACACGCCUACAGAGCGCCCUGAAUCUGCUUUGGAACCCGUUGCUGCCCCGCAGACCCCGCCUCAGAAGCAGAAGCACCUUGGCUUUGAGAUGGCGACACCGCAGAAGGAAGGCGCCGAGACGCGGAUCAUCUACACGAGCGACUCGGACCUUGCUGUCAUGCUCGAAAGCCUGGCGCGCGGGAAUGACUCGGCCAAAUUUGAGAUUCGCAGGCCUGACAGCCACUAUGCGGGCGCGGUGGCUGACAAGGGCGCGUCACCUUCGGAUCAGCUUGAAGCAGAACAGCAUGCGCAGCGCUUGAUGCGCGUAGAAGCAGAGAUCUAUUCCCUUUUGGCCGCCAACCCCAAUGCCGAAGAGGGCCACGCAUGAACUGGACUAGGGAUUGUAGAUUCAAAAUGAAAGAUUGUGAGGACCGUUAUUCUGUCCGAACCUGUAUUAUUCUCGUAUGUAUUCGCAUCGCACCGUGUUCGCAGACG